CUUAACUGUGCUACUACUUCGCUCUUCUUCUUCUCUCUCCCUGCAUCUGCUUCACCAGAUUGAGAAUGGUACAGAAAAUCCGGCAAGAAUUUUCUUGGUGACUCGAUCUAUCCUACCAGUUGUUAUCAAUUAUCAUCGUUAUUCAUUUGCUACUUAGUUUAAUCAUCAAUAUGGCCCUUACUCCAAGCCAAGUUUCCGCUGGCCCUAUGAUGACUGAUAAGGCCAAUAAGAUUGAAUCAUAUGGAGCUGUUUAUUUGUUUUCCAAGUCAUUACAGCACACUGGGUUACAUCCUACGAGUCAAAGAAUUGAAUUUAGAAGAUCUAAUAAUGGACAUCUCUUGGCUGCAAAGUUUAACUUCUCUUCAGAGAGUUUAUGGCGUCUAUGUGGAAAGCAUUGUAUUUACACAGUCUCUCGAGAACCUUCUGUUAUAUGCUCAUCCACAGGAACACAUAAUACUGAAGCAAAAGAAUGUGUUAGACACUCUGAUGAUUGUUCAGAUAUAUCAAGAACCCAAAUUGGAGAUCAGGAAGUUGAAGAGCUUUUUGAUUCGUUCUUGCCUGAGCACCCAGUCAUGGCUGAAAGCCCUUCUACUUACUCAAGACAGGGCUUAGCUGAGGCUUGCAAAUUUGUUUACAAUGAUGCAAAGUUUGUUAAUGAAAGGGCUCGCAAUGACAUCGUCUUGCUUUCACGUGGCAUAAUGAGAUUGAAUGAUCGGGCACGCCAAGAUGUUGCAAUUCUUGGUCUAGAGUUUCUUAAGCUUGAUGCUCGGGCACGUGAGGAUACUGAGAAGAUUGACCAUGGUGUGAAGAGGAAAGCAGAACGACUACAUCAUAUAGCUAUGCUCCUUAAGGACAAAGCUGGAUCUAAGCUGAAAAGUGUGGCAGACAAGCAUUGGAGUGAUGGGGCAUUGGAGGCUGAUUUGCGGAGAGCUGACUUCUGUGUUAAACGACGUGCCAUGGAAGAUGCUUUGAUGGCUUUGGAGUUUGUCAAGAACAUACAUGACAUGAUGGUCAGAAAGAUGUACAAGCUUCCUUUACGUAGGAAACAAGGCUCUAUAUCUGCUAAUGACAUGCUGGGACGUAUAAUGCUUGAAAAAAAUGGCAAGACACUUUAUUUUUUCCCAGAAGUCUCCUCCGAUCGGAUUUCUGCCAUUCAGGAUGUAUACUGGAGUAUGGCAUCUGCACUGUCUGAAGCUGAUGGCAUUGAUUACACUGACCCGGAAGAGCUGGAAUUGUUGGUUGCAACCCUUAUAGAUCUUGAUGCAAUGGAUGGUAAAAGUAGUGUUUCACUAUUGGCAGAGUGUUCAAGCUCUCCUGAUGUUAGUACUAGGCAAGCACUAGCCAAUGCAUUGGCAGCAGCUCCAUCCAUGUGGACUCUUGGGAAUGCAGGCAUGGGAGCAUUACAGAGGCUGGCCAGUGAUAGCAAUCCAGCUAUUGCAAGAGCUGCAUCCAAAGCUAUCAAUGAACUGAAAAAACAAUGGGAAAUAGAAGAGGGAGACACUUGGAGGUUCACAAUGAAUCAGAAGCAGGUCGAGGAUAUCGAUGGUGAAGAAGCUGAUGACAGUGUGGACUCAGGCUAAGAAGUUGUUACGUUUGUGUUGUAGAUAACUAUACGAAAAAGGUUGAAUUUGUAAAGUAUGACUGAUAUGAAUGUGAUAAAAUGCUGAAAUAAUGAAAGGAUCUCAGUUCUUCUUCUUGUGUA